AGAGGCAGGGAGGCGCGGGGGGCGGGGGAGGCUCCGGAGCGGGCGGUGACGGCGGCGGCGCGGAGGAGCAAGCGGCUGGGCCCGGGCCCCGUGCGUCUGUCCGCGCCCCGUGGAUGCGAAUCGGCCGCGGCGGAGGCGGCGGCGGAGGAGGAGUCGGUGGGCCGGCGCCGGGCCGGUGGGAGCGCGGAGGAUGAGGCCGCUGCCGGGCGCUCCCGGCGUGGCGGCGGCCGCCGCGCUGUUGCUGCUGCUGCUGCCCCGGGCCCGGGCGGACGAGCACGAGCACACGUAUCAGGAUAAAGAGGAAGUUGUCUUAUGGAUGAAUACUGUUGGGCCCUACCAUAAUCGCCAAGAGACAUAUAAGUACUUUUCACUUCCAUUCUGUGUGGGGUCAAAAAAAAGUAUCAGUCAUUACCAUGAAACUCUGGGAGAAGCACUUCAAGGAGUUGAAUUGGAAUUUAGUGGUCUGGAUAUUAAAUUCAAAGAUGAUGUGAUGCCAGGCACUUACUGUGAAAUUGACUUAGAUAAAGAAAAGAGAGAUGCAUUUGUGUAUGCUAUCAAAAAUCACUACUGGUACCAGAUGUACAUAGAUGACUUACCAAUAUGGGGUAUAGUUGGUGAAGCAGAUGAAAAUGGAGAAGAUUAUUAUCUUUGGACCUAUAAAAAACUUGAAAUAGGCUUUAAUGGAAAUCGAAUUGUUGAUGUUAAUCUUACUAGUGAAGGAAAGGUGAAACUGGUUCCCAAUACUAAAAUCCAGAUGUCAUAUUCAGUAAAAUGGAAAAAAUCAGAUGUAAAAUUUGAAGAUCGAUUUGACAAAUAUCUUGAUCCAUCCUUUUUUCAACACAGGAUUCACUGGUUUUCAAUUUUCAACUCCUUCAUGAUGGUUAUCUUCUUGGUGGGCUUAGUUUCAAUGAUUUUAAUGAGAACUUUAAGAAAAGAUUAUGCCCGGUAUAGUAAAGAAGAAGAAAUGGAUGACAUGGAUAGAGACCUUGGAGAUGAGUAUGGAUGGAAGCAGGUACAUGGAGAUGUAUUUAGACCAUCAAGUCACCCACUGAUAUUUUCCUCUCUCAUUGGUUCUGGAUGUCAGAUAUUUGCUGUGUCUCUCAUUGUUAUUAUUGUUGCAAUGAUAGAAGAUCUGUAUACAGAGAGGGGGUCAAUGCUCAGUACAGCCAUAUUUGUCUAUGCUGCUACAUCUCCAGUGAAUGGUUAUUUUGGAGGAAGUCUGUAUGCUAGACAAGGAGGAAGGAGAUGGAUAAAGCAGAUGUUCAUUGGUGCAUUCCUCAUCCCAGCUAUGGUGUGUGGCACUGCCUUCUUCAUCAAUUUUAUAGCCAUUUAUUACCAUGCUUCGAGAGCCAUUCCUUUUGGAACAAUGGUGGCUGUUUGUUGCAUCUGUUUUUUUGUUAUCCUUCCUCUAAAUCUUGUUGGUACAAUACUUGGCCGAAAUCUGUCAGGUCAACCCAACUUUCCUUGUCGUGUCAAUGCUGUGCCUCGUCCCAUACCGGAGAAAAAAUGGUUCAUGGAGCCUGCAGUUAUUGUUUGCCUAGGAGGAAUUUUACCUUUUGGCUCAAUCUUUAUUGAAAUGUAUUUCAUCUUCACCUCUUUCUGGGCGUACAAGAUCUAUUAUGUCUAUGGCUUCAUGAUGCUGGUGCUCGUCAUCCUGUGCAUCGUGACUGUCUGUGUGACCAUCGUGUGCACGUACUUUCUACUCAAUGCAGAGGAUUACAGGUGGCAAUGGACAAGUUUUCUCUCUGCUGCAUCCACUGCAAUUUAUGUUUACAUGUAUUCCUUUUACUACUAUUUUUUCAAAACAAAGAUGUAUGGCUUAUUUCAAACAUCAUUUUACUUUGGAUAUAUGGCGGUAUUUAGCACAGCCUUGGGGAUAAUGUGUGGAGCAAUUGGUUACAUGGGAACAAGUGCCUUUGUCCGAAAAAUCUAUACUAAUGUGAAAAUUGACUAAAGACCCAAGAAAGCCUGGAACUUCGGAUCAAUUUCUCUUUCACAGGGGUGGAACUUGCACAGCAAAAAAAAAAAAAAGGCGCAAGAAGAGAUUUGGGCUUUAACACUGGGUACUUUGUGGGUCUCUUUCGUGGAUGGCUUAAAGUAACAUCUAUUUCCAUUGAUCCUAGGUUCUUACUGACUGCUUUCUCCAACUGUUCACAGCAAAUGCUUGGAUUUUAUGCAGUAGGCAUUACUACAGUACAUGGCUAAACUUCCCAAAAACUAGCUCAUUAAAGAUGAAAUAGACCAGCUCUCUUCAGUGAAGAGGACAAAUAGUUUAUUUAAAGCAUUUGUUCCAAUAAAAUAAAUAGAGGGAAACUUGGAUGCUAAAAUUACAUGAAUAGAAAUCUUCCUGGCACUAGUGUUUCUACAAUACUGAAAAAUGAUGUUCCAGAAAGAUUACUUUUUUUCUCUUAUUUUUACUGCCAUCAUCAACCUGUUGUGGGACAUUUUUAUAUAUUGAACCUGGGUUCUUUUUUGACCUGCUUUUUUUCCGCCCCCAAUUCAACUGCAUCCUUUUUUUUUUUUUAAGAGAAAAUUUUAAAAUAUUAAAUCCUGCAUGUAAUAUAUCUGCUGUCAUCUUAGUUGGACCAACUUCCCAUUUAUUUAUCUUAAAACUAUCCAGUUACAUCUUAAUUCCAUCCAAAGAAGAUACAGUUUGAAGAUAGAGGUGUACUCUCUACAAUGCAAUUUACUGUACAGUUAGGAAGCAAAUUGUUAAAUGGAGAAGAUAUUUGUUUUUAUUAAACAUUUUGAGAUUUAGAUAAACUACAUUUUAACUGAAUGUCUAAAGUGAUUAUCUGCCCCCUCCCCCCAAGUUAGUCUUACAUCUUUUUUGGGUUUGAAUGAAGGUUUUACAUAAGAAAUUAUUAAAAACAAGGGGGGUGGGUAAUAAAUGUAUAUAACAUUAAAUAAUGUAAUGUAGGUGUAGAUUCCCAAAUGCAUUUGGAUGUACAGAUUGACUACGGAGUACUUUUUUCUGAUGAUGAUUGGUGUAGAAAUGUGUGAAUUUGGGUGGCUUUUUACAUCUUGCCUACCAGUGCAUGAAACAUUGGGGUUUCUUCAAAAUGUGUGUGUCAUACUUCUUUUGGGAGGGGGGAUUGUUUUCUUUUGUUUUUCUUCCUGAGACUCCCUACAGGAGCCAAAUUUGUAAUUUAGAAACAUUUAAUUUUGUUAAUCCUGUCUGGGGCACUUAAGUAACAUCUGAAGCAUUACUGCUUUAGAAUGUUAAAAUAAAAUUUCCUGACCAAA